UGCCAAAGCAAUCUCUCUCUCCAUUCCUUCACCAUCCCCAGAACAAAACCUCUACUCUUAAAAUCGUUUCAUCGAAGCCAUACAUACACACACAACCGACAGAGAGACAAACAAUGACGAAAAAACCGAGAAUCGUGAUCAUCGGAGCCGGAAUGGCCGGUCUCACGGCGGCGAACAAACUCUACACUCACUCCAACAGCACCUUCGACCUCUCCGUCGUAGAAGGCGGGUCCAGAAUCGGCGGGAGGAUCAACACCUCCGAGUUCUCCUCCGAGAGGAUCGAGAUGGGUGCCACGUGGAUACACGGCAUCGGCGGAAGCCCCGUUAACAGAAUCGCCGAGGAGACCGGUUCUCUCGUCUCCGACGAGCCUUGGGAGUGCAUGGACCCCACCACUGAUAAAGCCAGAACGUUUGCUGAAGGAGGCUUCGAGGUUGAACCUUCCAUCGUCGAACCUAUCUCUGGACUGUUCAACGCUCUCAUGGAGUUGGCUCAGGGGAAAGAAGAGAAAGAGACCUCUCAAAACGACGGCGUUUCGGGUAUUUACGAAAAUGCCACUAGUGUUGGGUCGUUCUUGAAGUCUGGGUUCGAUGCUCACUGUAGCAACGGUGGAGAAGGAUAUUAUGGGACGUGGAGCAGACACUCGCUCGAAGAAGCUGUUUUCACGAUGUUUAGCAACACGCAGAGGACGUACACGUCAGCAGAUGAUCUCACGACGCUUGACUACGCGGCGGAGAGCGAGUACCAGAUGUUUCCAGGGGAAGAGACCACUAUAGCUAAAGGCUACGUGAGCGUGAUUCAUCACUUGGCCUCUGUUCUUCCUCACGGUGUUAUCCAGCUGAACCGACGGGUCACGAAGAUCGAGUGGGAGAGUUGCGAAGAGGAGGGUCCUGUGAAGGUGCAUUUCUCUGAUGGGUCUGUUGUGUCUGCUGAUCAUGUUGUUGUUACGGUCUCUUUAGGUGUGCUUAAGGCAGGGAUUGAGAGUGAUGACGGAUUGUUUAGUCCUCCUUUGCCUGAGUUCAAAUCAGACGCUAUCAAGAGGUUAGGUUAUGGUGUUGUCAACAAGCUCUUUGUGGAAGUGUCUGAAAGAAACUUCCCAUCUCUGCAGCUUGUGUUUGAACCGGAGGAUUCCGAGUUUAGGUUCGUGAGAAUCCCUUGGUGGAUGAGGAGAACGGCGACUAUAGCGCCAAUCCAUAGCAAUUCAAAGGUCUUGCUUUCUUGGUUCGCAGGCAAAGAAGCGCUCGAGCUUGAGAAACUAACCGAUGAGGAGAUUAUAGAUGGUGUCUUGACAACUAUCUCUUGCUUGACAGGCAAGGAAGUGAAAAAGGACACUGAUGCUAAGCCCUUGGUAAAUGGCUAUGUGAAUGGUAAUGAUGAAGAAGUCUUGAGAAUCACAAAGGUCUUGAAGAGCGAAUGGGGAGGAGAUCCUCUGUUCCGAGGGUCGUAUUCUUAUGUGGCGGUGGGGUCAAGUGGUGAUGACCUAGAUGCCAUGGCUGAGCCAUUGCCAAGGGUUAACAAGAAGGGUGGUCAGGUCAAGUGUCAUGAUCAAGCCGAGGUUCGUGAGCUUCAAGUCUUGUUUGCAGGGGAAGCAACACAUAGAACACAUUACUCCACAACUCAUGGUGCUUACUAUAGUGGUUUAAGGGAAGCCAAUAGGCUUCUCAAGCAUUACAAAAUGUGAUUUUUUUAAUAAAGUACAAAAUGUGAUUUUUGAGUGUUAAGUUUAAGAAAAUGUUUUUGGUGUCAUUAUGUUUAGAUAAGAUUAAUUAGUCUUUUGUAAGAUUUUUAAAUUUUUUGUUUGUUUACUUUCAGUUUUUUUUCUCUUAAAUUAUAAAAGUUAUAAAGCACCUCCAAUC